UUGUUGCAACUGACACCAGAUAUGACCGGGUUGCUAGCUUAAAAUGUCUUAUCUAGAGUUAAAGGUAUGAUAUUUGUUAUAGGUUUAUCGUUGUAUUUUAUUCAAUUAUUUUAUCGUUUUCAGUGUGCAAGUUAAAAUUUGCGAAAAUAAAUGUAGGAUUUAAAUCACUUCGCCCAGCUGUUGGAAUCACCGCGUCUCUAAUCUACAACGGGCUACUGAAUAUACCCAAAAUUCAUCAUGGAGGUUGGCACAGUCAUACAAGAAGAUGUGAAGUUUCGUGGGGUUGAAUUUGCUAUUAAAGUGGAGCUGCAGGAUCGCUUACUAACAGUCGAGAUUUCUGAUCUCAUGACAGCUGACCAGUGGAGUGGAGAAUUCGAUCCAGCAUACAUUGAAGAUCUCACUCGCAAAACUGGAAACUUUAAACAGUUCCCGAUAUUCUGUAGCAUGCUCGAGUCUGCAGUCAGUAAGCAGACUUUAUUUUCUGAUAUGGUUUUAAAUACCCAGUCUAGUGAGUCAGUAACGCUUGAUCUGCUGACUUACUCGGACCUGGAGCUUCUGCGAAACAGGAAGGCAGGUGUGGUGGGAAGACCUCGGGCCCAGCAGCAGUCCCCCGCUCUCAGCACAAAACGUUAUCUCAUCCUCAUCUACACUGUGGAGUUUGAUAGGAUCCACUACCCUUUGCCACUGGCGUAUGUUGGCAAGCCCAAUCCUGCAGCGCUCCAGAGGGAGAUCAGGGCUCUAAGGGCUGAACUAAAUACUUUAAGGAUGAGUGGAGACCAUACGGUGUCGAACCAAGAGAUGCGCCGUCUGCGUGCAGAGUUAGCUGUGGUAAGGGAGGAGAAGGAUAUGCUGGCCAACGCUCUGGAGCGUCUGCGAGCAGCUGGGGCCGGCCCCACGUCAGGAAAUCGGGGGCUCAGAGAAGUGGUGCAGAGUCUAGAGGAGGAGCUUUUAAGAGAGAGAGCAAAAAGCCAACGUUCAGCAAGCAAGAGGGGUCAAGAACAGCGUCAUUUAAUGGAGCAGUUGGAGGAGCUGAGGUCCUCAGAGCGAGCCCUACGAAUACGUGUCAAGAGUCUGACCACUGAGUUAGCAGCAUUGCGCCGGGGAAGAAUCACACCGGUUCUGUCCCGCCGUGGGGGGUCAAGGGGGGAGGCGGAUUUUCCACGGUCGACCUCAAGGGAGCGCGGUUUACCACAAGCUGGGGUGAGGGCUCGCUCAGGGUCUAGAGAAAGAGCAGAGGAUCCAAUCAGGAGGUCAGAAGGGAGAGAGAGAAGGUCAGGUUCUUCAGGAGCACGCAAGCACUUCUCCAGAUCUUCACCUUCUCCAACAGGGUCUCAAGUACCACGGUUUGACCCAACAGCUUAUGUUCAGGAGCGACAACGACGGCAGAAAGAGACAGAACUCAAAAACCAAAGGAAGGUCAGAAGGGACAUGAUGGCAUCACCAUCUCUGAAUGAACGGGGUCGUUCACGGUCCAGAGAGCAUGUUCCUUACUUCAGACGGGGGAGUUCUGGGCGGGGCAGGAGCACAUCUGUAGAAAGCAGGAGGAGUCGUCACUCUUCUGAAAGCUCACUGGCUGAGUUUGAGGAUCUUGCUAAGCCUUUGAAUGGCAGAGGAAGAAAACUAGCGUCUAAUGGUCCUGCCAUGAUAAGGGGAAGACACUUAAACAAAAAGCCCUUGUGUAGCACUCCAACACAAAGAGUGAGAGAGAGCUCUGCGGAUACAGGAGCAGACCUGUCUGAGAUCGACGCUCGACUCCAGGCCCUGCAGGAGUACAUGAGAGACCUGGACACAGGACGCUAGUGAUAUUGGAUUUUAUGCAUUAGGGUUUUAUUGAACAAUCUGAUGGUUACUUUCAUUAGGAUGGACAAUCAUUUUUUUUAACUCACUAUUGAACUGGUGAUGCUAAUCUUUACCAGUCCUACAAGAUAAUAUGCAAUAAUCGAUAAAUGAUCUCUGCAAACGUUUUUUAUUUCAUAGGGUCGAUGUGACUGGUUGUACAUGCUGUGUGUGUAAAUUAGGAUAUUUGUAUGUAGUGUACCUCUUUUAACCAAUUGAUACAUAUUUUACAUAUUUCUUUACAACAAUUGUAAUUUGUUUAGUUUUUUUCUACGUCUUUAACACAUUUUCUAAAAUUAGGUCAUCUUAUGAUGGAGGAGAUCCCCUAAUUUACAUUUAAAACAUUUUCAUGUUAGGUGCCAGUCAUUAGCACAGGUGGGCAAAGUUGUCAGGAAUGGUUACACCUUGUUCUCCCAUUUUACUCAGGUAUGGUUGCUCAGCUAAAUCUUGCUUGGUGUGUAGCAUUUACUUUAGUGUCGUUACCACAAGGCAGAUAUUAGAAGCAAGUAAAUGAGGCUUAAAACAUUUCAGCUAUUGUCUCUUCAGAAAACAUAGUUUGGAUUAUUUGCAGUAUUUGUACAUAAGAUUACAUAAAAUGACACAGAACAUUAUGUUGGGUUAAUCUACAUAUCCAACUUAAGUUAUGUUGUGACUUUAAGCACAUACAGUUUAACUUCACAUUUCCUUCAUGAGUCUGACACACUUAUGUAGAUUGCAUUAUGACUAACAUAUAUUUUCAUCUUUUUUGCAUUGUUUUAUGUGUUUGAAUGUCAGUUUUAUCCACUAGUGUCAGAAAAAAGCGCCAAACUACACUAAACAAUGGCAAAAGAGUCUGAGGAUUAAGACAAUUUCAACACAGAAUGCUAAAUAAGUAGCUAUGUACUUUCAUUAUUUAUUGACAAUACGAAACCUUGAAGCUUAACUGCUAUAAGCAAAACCUCUACAAAAGUAACCUUACAAAUGACUGAACUGCCGUAAUGAAGAAACUCUAUGUGCUGAUCUGUAUAAAAUCUUGGCCACUUAAUGUAAUAUGUCAUAAAUAAUUUAUUUCACCAAAA